UGGGUCAGGCGUAAGCCAUUAAAAGGGUAUCAGGUUCUCUCGAAAGAGUCGUCUCCUUCACACCUCUCACGCUCUCGCUCUCAGUCUCUCUUUUGUCUUUGCGCAUUUCAGCGUAGAGCUCAAAGCGGAGACGCCUCGCACCCGCCACCUCCGAAGGGCAACAAUGGUUGAUCAGGUUCAACAUCCUUCUGUCGUCCAGAAGGUAGCUGGCCAGCUCCUUCAGCAAUCUAUCCAGGGUUACGAUAAUGGCUUCCAAAGACCAGGAAUGUACCAAAGACGUGCUUAUGGGAACUACACAAAUGCUGCACUGCAGUAUCCCUUCAUGCCAGCAUGCAGAGCUACCACUGAUAUGUCUUUGGUUCCAUCAACUGCAUCUCCUAUCUUUGUUCAAGCCCCUGCGGAGAAAGGCCACUUUCUUAUUGAUUUUCUCAUGGGCGGAGUCUCUGCUGCUGUAUCUAAAACUGCUGCUGCCCCAAUUGAGCGUGUCAAGCUGUUGAUUCAGAACCAGGAUGAGAUGAUCAAAACUGGUCGUUUGUCUCAACCCUACAAGGGCAUUGGAGAGUGCUUUAGCCGUACAAUCAAGGAAGAGGGUUUUGGUUCAUUGUGGAGAGGGAACACUGCCAAUGUUAUCCGUUACUUCCCCACUCAGGCCUUGAACUUUGCAUUCAAGGAUUACUUCAAGAGGCUGUUCAACUUCAAGAAAGACAGGGACGGUUAUUGGAAAUGGUUUGCUGGUAACUUGGCUUCAGGAGGUGCCGCUGGUGCUUCUUCUCUUUUCUUUGUCUACUCUUUGGAUUAUGCUCGUACUCGUUUGGCUAAUGAUGCUAAAGCUGCAAAGAAAGGAGGAGAAAGACAAUUCAAUGGUCUGGUUGAUGUCUACAGGAAGACAUUGAAAUCUGAUGGAAUUGCCGGUCUUUACCGUGGAUUCAACAUCUCUUGUGUUGGAAUUAUUGUCUACCGUGGUCUCUAUUUUGGACUGUACGACUCACUGAAGCCUGUUGUCCUGACUGGAGGCUUGCAGGAUAGUUUCUUCGCUAGCUUUGCCCUCGGUUGGCUCAUCACCAAUGGUGCUGGUCUUGCAUCCUACCCAAUUGACACUGUCCGCAGAAGAAUGAUGAUGACCUCCGGUGAAGCCGUCAAGUACAAGAGUUCCCUGGAUGCCUUCCAACAAAUCUUGAAGAAUGAGGGUGCCAAGUCUCUCUUCAAGGGUGCUGGUGCUAACAUCCUCCGUGCCAUUGCUGGUGCUGGUGUGCUGUCUGGUUAUGACAAGCUACAGCUGAUUGUGUUCGGCAAGAAGUACGGAUCUGGUUCCGGUUAAGAAUAUUUUUCCUCCCAAGCCAUAUUAGCUUUUAGAUGGUGAUGAAAAUCUUUUUGAGUUUUUGAUGAACUCGUUUCGGCAAAAUUUUCUUAAAAUAAUUCAGUUAUAGGGGAGUUAAUCCCAAACCGAAUUUUACUGCGGGAUUGAGUUUUGUUUCCCAUAAACCAGAUUAUUGAGUGGUGAAAAAUUCCAUUCAUCUUGAAGUUUCAUUUAUGUGAUUUGCUAGUUUUUUAUGCG